AGCGAAAGAUGGCUCCUCGCAGUGGUGAUUCCCGCCCGUGGGCCGACGGUCCGUGGCCACUCAUUGAAACCCCCUCCAAGACCAAAGACAUUACCCAGCAUGAGGCUCUCUAUAUCGCCAAUGAGAUGGCCUUUGCUCACAACGCCAUGCUGCGCGGGCUGAAUGCCUUGUAUCUCCAAGCCGAGCAAGUGAGCCAACCGCAAGACAUCGCCGACUUUCUGUUCUUCCUUCGCAGUUGGGCGGGCUGGGUCUCCCACCACCACACCCUCGAAGAGCAGCAGAUGUUCCCGCAGUUUGAAGGGGUGAUCCAGCAACCCAACUUUCUGGAGGGCAACGUGCAAGAGCACCAUACCUUCCAGCCCAUCCUGAAGCAGCUCUUGGCGUAUGGGGUGGAGACGCGACCGACCGAUUAUCAAGCUUCAGCCGUGCGCGGCUUGAUUGAGCAGAUGGCCCCCAGCUUCCGAGAGCACUUGGCCAACGAGAUCACCAGUCUCAUGUCCAUGGCGCCCUACGAUGGGCCCGCGCUGCUCAAGGUCUACAAGGCCUGCGAGGCCGAGGCCGGCCGUCAAGACAAGAACGUUGUCCCUCCAAUGGUCCUCGGGCUUCGCGAUGUGACCUUCGAGGGAGGCAACUCCUGGCCCGAGAUGCCCCCCUUGUCCACUCACUUCGUGCACUAUCUGUUUGGACGCAAAAACGCGGGCGCCUGGCGAUUCUUACCGUCUGAUACCUGGGGGAAGCCGCGCCCGCUGGCCUUUGGUAAGCCCUAG